AGAGUUCCUGAUCUGCAUGAGGACCUUGUUGCCGUCGUCUUUAGCUUUGGGCACUGCUGACUACUCGCACAACUCGUAGAACAGGUGCAUUUCUCCUAGAUAUUACAGGCAGCAUGUCAGCAGCUGCAGGUCGACGAUUGCUCUCUCUUUCGGCCAGGACAUGCCGGGCCAGUGUGUUCACUCGGUCCUUCAGUAGUGUCCACAAACACAGCUUGAUCGCAUCCAGAUGCAUUCCUCACGCGCCGUGCAUCGUUCAAUCACAGCUAGUCGGCUGUGUUAGCCGUCAGCUGUGCGACAAUGCGACCGAGGAGAAGUUCGAGGAUCGGCUCGUGUACGUCGUGCGCCGUUUGGCUGACCAGCGCAAGAUGAAGGAGGGAAUAUUGGACGAUGUCAUUGCGUUGAUGCGCGAUGCAGUUGCCCAGGGGCACGACAGCAAUCCUGAUCACAAUGAAGAACUGGAGGCCCGGAUGGAAAAACUGGGAGACACAAUGCUAUAUGUAGCGGGGAUGUUCUUGAUCAUGAGUGCGAAUGAGCUGGGCCCGCGGUGUAUGAGCCUGGCAGUGCCGUUCCUGCGCAAGUGCGCACUGAUGGGUCACCCCGCGGCCAAGUACAGCUACGCCCGCCUGCUGCUGGAUGGCAUGGGCGUUGAGCAGGACUUGGCCGAGGCGUUCCGCCUGUUCAACGAGGUGGCGGACGGCAUCGCGGACAACGCGGACCCGUACCCGCAGGCCGCGUUCACCAUCGGCACGCUCUACUUCUACGGCAAGGGCGUGGACGUGGACAUAGCGCGGGCACUGGAGUACUUCAACAAGGCCCUGGACGCGGGCCUCACUCAGGCCCUGCACACGCUCGGUAUGCUGUACAUGCGCGGAGACGGUGUGACCAUCGACUACGACAAGGCCCUGGACUACUAUCGGCGCGGUGUCACGCAGGAUGACGCGCGCUGCAUGAACGAGCUGGCGUCCUGCUACCUGGGCGGAACCUGCGGCCUGGAGAAGGACGAGAAGAGAGCGCUGGAGCUGUACCACGACGCCGCUCGGCUAGGCAACACCAACGCCAUGCACUCGCUGGGUGUGUGCUUCUGGGAGGGCCGCGGCGUGGACCUGGAUCAGGACAAGGCGGCCUACUGGUGGGCGCAAGCCGCCGACGAGCACCACCCGCGCGCCUGCGUCAACCUGGCGCAGCUCUACCUGGACGGCGUCGGCGUGAAGAAGGACGUCGAGAUGGCGCGGGGCCUGCUGCAGGAAGCCGCUCGCCGCGGUCUGAUCGAGGCGGGCACGCUGCUCGAGGAGAUGGAACGUAGGCUCAAGGAGGACCCAUCCCUGGCUGAGUGAGAUGGAUCCCAGCUGUCACACUCGCUGCUUGAGGAGAUGAAACGUAGGCUCAAGGAGGACCCAUCCCUGGCCGAGUGAGAUCAAUCCCAGCUGUGUGUGAGCGAAUUUGAAUUUGAGUAUUGUCAUGCCCGACCUAGGUAGGUGGACUGUGGACCGUAGGCGGAUGAUAGGGCCAUCGCUGACUUACUGCUGAGGAUCCUCACGCCUGAAACUGCAGUGCCUGCAGUGCCUGCAGUUACUGUACUUGCAUGUCAGACUAUAUACAGUGCCUGCUUACCUCUGCCAGGCCAGCAAUACGGUGCACGUUGGUCACGUGACGCCGCAGCUCACUGGGUAGGGAUUGCAGCGGUGGCUUGAUGAGCUGUUGCUUGCACUGCAAAGUCUAGCUUGGCAGUGCCACCAGCAGCUAAGUAUGGCGCUGGAUGCUGCAAUUUGGUGCUGCCGCUCAUGUCCACGUCUCCGUGCCGUGUGUGCGCUUGCAGUGCUUCUGGCAUGUGUGUGUGUGAUUAGGGUGGGUACAUGUGGGUACACGUGUUACCCUCUUUCUCACCCGUGUUGCACGCUGCGGAGCUAUUGUUACUUAUUAUUAGAGCAAUAAUGCACUGGCGUUGGUGGGUGCUGUCCGCGCAUAUCGAUCCGGCCACCAGUGCAGUGCCCAUGUAAUGCUGACGGCCACUGCACUCCCGUGCCAAUGUGCGCUGGAGCUUGCCAACCUGCAUCACUUUGAUCUAUGAUUUCACGUCUUGCUUCACUUGCCCAGAGAUGCGUUUGAACGCUCCGAUUGUUGAGCACACAGACGAUGAAGAUCGUGCAUCCGAACUAUGAUUGAAGUUUGUUUCGUU